AGGCUAAGGGAGGAAAAGCCAACCAAACAGAAAAAGCAUGUUUACACUGCUUAAAAACAAUGGGAAUUUGUGAACUGUCCCUUAAGCCAGGAAUGGGGUUUGCUUGCUAGUGGAAUCCAGCUGUGAGUCAGAUAUUUGGGUUUGGAAGAGGAGCAAGGACAAGGAGAAGGGAGAAAACUGAUGGGGCAGAAAUAGAGCUGAAUAAGGCAACCUCUUUCAAAGGGAAGAGCGUCUCUGUGGUGAAAGAAUCCCCCUGUGUCUGCAGCAGUCAAGGAAGAAGGUCCUCGAGGAACUAUGGGGAGCAAGAAGAAGAUAAGUGUUCCAGCAAAGUUAAUCAAUGGAGGUGUGGCCGGACUAGUGGGAGUGAGCUGCGUCUUCCCAAUUGAUUUGGCGAAAACCCGUCUUCAAAACCAGCAGGGACAAGGAGUCUAUACUGGAAUGCGGGAUUGCUUGGUGAAGACUCUGCGUUCAGAGGGAUUCUUCGGCAUGUACCGAGGGGCCGCAGUGAACCUGACACUGGUCACGCCAGAGAAGGCAAUCAAGCUGGCAGCCAAUGACUUUUUUCGACAGCUGCUGUCACAGGACAGCAGGAAGGAGUUGACGCUGGUGAGGGAGAUGCUAGCUGGCUGUGGAGCUGGGGCCUGCCAAGUGGUGGUCACCUCCCCCAUGGAGAUGCUGAAAAUUCAACUUCAAGAUGCUGGACGACUGGCUAUUCAUCAGCAAAAGGUUUUGGGAACAGAUGGACCACCGGCUCCCUUCUCCCAGCCCCCUCAGGACAGGCCUUACACCACCGGCACAGCCUCAGCAUUCAAGCGCCCCUCGGCCACUGUGAUCGCCAGAGAUCUUCUGAAAACCCAAGGGCUAGUGGGACUGUACAAGGGACUGGGAGUCACCCUGCUCAGGGAUGUGCCUUUUUCCAUUAUCUAUUUCCCACUGUUUGCCAACAUCAACAAACUGGGACAGAGGCACUCUGAGGAGAAGGCACCCUUCUUCCAUUCAUUCGUGUCUGGCUGCGUGGCGGGAUCCGUGGCUGCAGUAGCAGUGACCCCUCUGGAUGUUUUAAAAACCCGAAUUCAAACACUCAAGAAAGGCCUGGGAGAGGACACCUACAAUGGAAUCAUUGACUGCGCCAGGAAGAUCUGGACACAUGAGGGCCCUGCUGCCUUCAUGAAGGGGGCAGGCUGUCGGGCCCUGGUUAUAGCACCCCUCUUUGGCAUAGCCCAGGGUGUCUAUUUUAUUGGCAUUGGUGAAUAUAUCUUGGGAUAUUUCCACUAGAACUUGUUCUGGCUAAAUCAGGCCUGGCUGAAGAUCGCACACAAGUUUACUCCCCACUUCUGCAGAACUGGAUUUGCCAGAAAUGGACAGGACCAUGUUGUAAUCAUUUCUCUUAUGGACUGCAUGACCACCUUCAGCUUUCUCUGCCCAUGAGCAGGGGCCAACACUGGCUGUCAGAUAUAUUAUGGCUCAAAUUUCCUGCUACUUUCAUACAUCCACUUGACGUUCUGCAUGCUACACCUAGCCCCUGCCCAUUUUAAACACAGGGAAGAAUGAUUUAUGUAUCCUUACUUGUUUUUCCCAGGAUAGUAUAACACAACAGUUUGUCCUUUGAAUGGCUGGGUGUAAGCAGAGAUUCAUGGUUUUCUUAUAGAGUUGAUCUCAAGGAUUGUUUGAGGUCAGAGGGUCCUGUAUGACUAAAGAGGCCUAGAUAGGACUCAGCUCCCUAAUGACCAGUUUGCCCAUAUAUGAUCUGCAAUCUCUUGUCCAGUAUCCAUCUCGCUUUGUUUUUAAAUGCAUCACUGUUUGCUUUGCUUGAGUGCAGUGGCUGUUCCAUCUAAUAGCCAGAGGGGGUUCAAACUCACUUGUUCCAGCAAGCAGUGUCUGAAUGUAAACAGAUGAGUCACAGCAGUCAGAACACAAAGGUGUAAGUGUGAAACAGUUUUGUUCCUUCUGUGCAGGGUCAGAAUGCAGUGGGUGGAGGUGAGGGGAGAAGGCAGCAAAACUAGAAAGA